UCAGCGUUAUCAGCCUUAAGUGCACUCUGGUACAGGAUGGAGAGCCUCCUGCAGUUUCUGUUCUCGCCCCUGUCGACUUCGGCCCUCAUCAGCCUGCUCGCCAUGGGCGCUGCCGCCCUGCUGUGGCUAAACACGCGGCCCAAACCUGUCAGACCCCCUGUCGACCUCGACCAGCAGAGCGUGGGAAUCCAGGGUGGAGCGAGGAAAAACGCACUGAUGAAGGACAACACCCUUCUGACGCACUAUUACGAAGAUGCCAGGACGCUGUACGAGGUGUUUCAGAGAGGACUGCAUGCAUCAGGCAAUGGUCCGUGCUUGGGCUACAGAAAGCCAGGACAACCUUACCAGUGGCUGAAAUAUAAACAGGUGUCGGACCGUGCGGAGCACCUGGGCUCAGGUCUGCUACACAGAGGACUCUCACCAUCCCAAGAUCAGUUCAUCGGCAUCUUCGCCCAGAACAGGCCAGAGUGGAUCAUAUCCGAGCUGGCCUGCUACACGUAUUCCAUGGUGGCAGUUCCGUUGUAUGACACACUGGGCCCAGAAGCACUGGUAUUCAUAAUCAACAGAGCGGACAUUUCCACAGUGCUGUGUGACAAACCUGAGAAGGCAGACACCCUGCUGAGCAACUGUGAGAAGGGCCUCACUCCAGGCCUAAAAACCAUCAUCCUCAUGGACCCCUUCAGCUCAGAGCUGGCUGAGAGAGGCUCCAAGUGCGGGGUCGACAUCCUGUCUAUGAAGGAGGUGGAGGCCCUGGGAAAAGACAACUUAAAGAGGCCUGUUCCUCCGAGGCCAGAGGACCUCAGCAUUGUGUGUUUCACCAGUGGUACUACAGGAGACCCAAAGGGAGCGAUGCUAACGCAUGAGAACGUGGUGUCAGACGCUGCCGGGGUGGUUAAAAGCUUUGAGAGCGCGUUCACACCAGUUCCACAAGAUGUGUCCAUCUCCUUCCUGCCCCUGGCUCAUAUGUUCGAGAGGGUUGUUCAGACGGUCAUGUAUGGUGCCGGGGCGAGGGUCGGCUUUUUCCAGGGAGACAUCAAACUGCUGCCGGACGACAUGAAGACGCUGCAGCCAACCAUCUUCCCUGUGGUGCCACGCUUGCUCAACCGGGUUUACGACAAGGUUCAGAGCGGAGCCCAGACUCCGUUUAAGAAGCGUCUCCUCAGCUUCGCCAUCGAGCGGAAGCACUCGGAGGUGAAGCGAGGCAUCAUCAGGAACGACAGCAUCUGGGACAAGCUCAUCUUCCACAAAGUGCAGGCGUCUCUAGGUGGGCGGGUCCGAGUGAUGGUAACGGGGGCGGCUCCAAUCUCCCCCUCUGUCCUCAGUUUCCUCAGGGCAUGUCUCGGGUGUCAGAUUUUUGAAGCGUACGGCCAGACAGAGUGCACAGCCGGCUGCACCUUCUCCAUGCCUGGAGACUGGACAGCAGGACAUGUUGGUGUUCCUGUUCCAUGUAACAUUGUAAAACUGGUUGAUGUGGAGGAAAUGAACUACUUCGCAGCAAAUGGGGAAGGAGAGGUUUGCAUCAAGGGCAAGAAUGUGUUCAAGGGGUAUCUGAAAGACCCAGAGAAGACUGCAGAGGCCCUGGACCAAGAGGGAUGGCUCCACACAGGAGAUAUUGGAAAAUGGCUGCCGAGCGGAGCCCUGAAAAUCAUCGAUCGCAAGAAGAACAUCUUCAAACUGGCCCAGGGCGAGUACAUCGCCCCAGAGAAGAUCGAAAACGUGUAUGUAAGGAGCGCACCUGUGGCCCAGGUGUUUGUGCAUGGGGACAGCUUACAGUCCUUUUUGGUGGCUAUAGUGGUUCCUGAUGCAGAAGUGCUUCCAGGCUUUGCAGCUAAAUUAGGAAUUCAAGGAUCCUUGGAGGAGCUGUGUAAGAGUGAGAAAGUCAAAAAAGGCAUCCUCUCAGACCUGGUGAGGCUUGGCAGGGAGGCUGGGCUGAAGUCUUUUGAACAGGUGAAGGACCUACACCUGCACCCAGAGCAGUUCACCAUUGAGAACGGACUCCUGACGCCCACGCUGAAGGCCAAGAGGGCCGACCUGACAAAGUUCUUCAAACCCCAGAUCGACAGUCUCUACGCCAGCAUGCAGUAAUGCCCCUGGGAGAGAGGUCUCCUGGGCAUU